GCGGCGGCUGGCUGCAGUAAGCAGAAUAAGAGCCUCGCCCGCUGUACUACACUACAGUACACUACACUACUACUCACUACUUAGUUUUACACACUCGCCAUGGCGUCGCAAGAGCAGAAGAUGAGCUGGCAAGACAUUGCCGCGCAAAAGCGCCAAGCGCUGCGCGACUCCAUCCCGGCCGAAUGGCGCAUCCCCGCAGAUCUGCUGCCGUCCGAGCAGUCCCAGCCCGAUGUGACGACCUUCCCGGCCCAGUCGGGCUGGUUCACGCCCGCCGAGCUGGCCAUCACGACGACGCCGGCCGCGGAGCUGUUGGCGAAGCUUAGAGCCCGCGAGUGGACGGCCGAGGAGGUCGCCCGCGCCUUUUGCAAGCGUGCUUCGGCUGCGCACCAGCUGAUCAACUGCCUCAGCGAGACGCUGUUCGACCUCGCCAUCGCGACCGCGCGCUCUCUGGAUGCGCACCUCGCGCGCACCGGCACACCCCUCGGGCCCCUCCACGGACUGCCCAUCUCGCUGAAAGACAACAUCGACAUCGCCGGCGUCGACAGCACGCUCGGCUUCACCUCGCGCGUCCACGCCCCCGCCCCGCGCAACGCCGUGCUCGCCGACCUGCUGCUCGCCGCCGGCGCCGUCCCGUACGUCAAAACCAACGUCCCCACCGCCAUGAUGUACGCCGAGACGGUCAACCAGGUCUUCGGGCCCACGCGGCACCCGCGCCACCCCGGCCUCACCCCCGGCGGCAGCUCCGGCGGCGAAGCCGCGCUGAUAGCGUUUGGCGGCAGCGUGCUGGGCGUCGGCUCCGACAUUGGCGGCUCCCUGCGCAUCCCGGCCGCGUGUACGGGCCUGUGGACCCUGCGGCCCAGCGCAGGCCGCUUCCCGACUGGACGAUGUAGCUCGGGGCUGCCGGGGCAGGAGGCGGUCGCGAGCGUCAACGGCCCGCUGGCUCCGUGUCUGGACACUUUGCGCUUGUAUGCGCGCGCCGUCGUGGACGCGGAACCUUGGCGCAAGGAUCCAAAGUGCCUCCCGAUCCCGUGGCGCGACGUCCAGGCGCCAAAAAAACUGCGCGUCGGCGUCCUUUGGCAUGAUGGCGUUGUCGAACCGCAUCCGCCUGUGCGCCGCGCGCUGCAAGAGACGGUGGAUAAGUUGCGGAAAGCAGGACAUGAGGUCGUGGACUGGAGCUGUGAGGGGCACAAGCGGGCUACCGAGCUCAUCCACGCCUUCUUCCACGCCGACGGCGGCGCCACCAUCGCCUCCCUCCUGGCACCCUCGCACGAACCCCUCCCCCCGUACAUGCACCUCUACGCCCCCGCCGCGCCCCUCUCCAUCGCAGAGCUCUGGCAGCUGCAGGCCGAGCGCACGGCGCUGCAGGCCGCGUACCUAGAGCGCUGGAACGAGGCUGGCUUGGAUGCGGUCCUUUGCCCCACGAUGCCGUAUGCGGCGGUGCCGAAGGGGCGGUUCGGCUAUUUUGGCUAUACGUGCGUGUGGAAUUGCCUCGAUUAUGCGGCUGUGAACUUUCCGGUGGGCGUGAGGGUUGGGGAGGGGGCGGGGGUGGGCGGGUGGGAUAGGGAGGGGGAGGAGGGGGAUGGGGAUGCGGAGGCGGUCGAGGAGAUGUUGAGGGGCCAGCCGGUGAGUCUGCAGUUGGUGGCGGGGAGGCUGGAGGAGGAGAAGUUGCUG